AUGAACAAUGAACUGCCCAUCUGCUUGGGGCCAGGCCAAAUUAAAAAAAAGUCAAAAAACUCAGUGUUAAGAACUGCUAGUAGUUGUCGUAGGCCGUGGCCUUACGACACAUGGAUAUGGCAUGCCUUUUUUGGAGCCCCUGGAUCCAACAAUGAUAUCAACAUUUUAGCUCGUUCUCCAUUGUUCAAUGAUGUAGUGCAUGGAGCGGCUCCUCAUGUUGAAUAUAUUGUCAAUGGAAAUCAAUACUAUUUGGUAGAUAGGAUCUACUCUCGUUGGGCUACUUUGGUGAAUAUCAUCUUUUCUCCUGAUAACCCAAAGAAGAGACCUUUUGCACAAAUGCUAGAAGCGUACAUGAAGGAUGUUGAAAGAGCAUUUGAAAUACUACAGGCUCGAUGGGCUAUUGUUCGGGGCCUUGCAUGUAUAUGGUGUAAGGAUAACCUUCACUCAAUCAUGAUGACGUGUAUAAUUUUGCACAACAUGAUUGUGGAGGAUGAGUACGAAUAUUUGGAAGAGGAAUCUGAUGAUGAGGAUACAUGUCCACAAUGA